AAAAAGCGACGUACUGGGACAGGGGCGCGAUACACUGACUUGUGCUGGAGCCGAUCAUACUGGAAGAAAGCAACGAAGGCGAAGGAAGACGGGGCUGAAACGCAAAAGAGAAGAGCGAGAUGGAGGAAAAGACGAAUCCAGGAAUAAGCGGUGAUGCAAUGGAGAGGAUAUCAGAGAGGCUAUCGUCUUUGGAGAACCUAUACUUCCCUCGCGCUUUGCAAGCAGCUGCCGCCGACCCUUCUCAACGGAAGGCCAUCUUUUCCGACCUUCUCUCUCGAGACGUCACCCUUUUCUUAGAACGGUAUGGGUCCCUACUUACAAGCAAUGAACUGCGCGAGUUUGAUGCGCUGAAGUCUGACUAUGAAAUCAAUUGGCAUUUGAAGCGUCUUUGGAGCAUAAUGAGCCCAACAUCGGAGGAGUUGAGGAUGAGGUCAGUCCCUGUGAAGAACCGAAGGCGGGCAUACUUGGAUAAAUUGAUGUGCGAUGGAGACUACUUCUCGGAAGAUGCAAUGAGGGAGAGAGAGCCGUAUCUACAUCACGAGUAUGUGGGGAGAUUUCAGGACCAAAGCGGCAGAGGCAUGGCAAGGCCUGGAGAGCGGUGGUCGGAGACUUUGAUGAGGAGGUCAGAGGAAGCAUUCCUCGUUGCAAAAAUUAGAGGGGAGCAGCAGAGGUUAGGCGUGGCUGAAAGGGACUGGAUUGGUAAUGAGAGGAUUCAGAAGGAAGAGGAGGAGGAGGAGGAAGAAGAGAGGAGGAAUGUUACUCGUGAUAGACACCCUACUGCGGGUACAUUCUUUAAUUUAAUGUUGACCAAGUUGAAGGAGCUUCCCUUGGGGCGAUGAGAUGAUAAAUUUGAAACCUCAAUGACAUGUGAACUCUUGCAUGUUUGGUCAUAUGGUUUCAAGUUGGUUCUCAAUGAUGUCAUGGAAAUACUGAAGAUGACAAUGAACAUCGAAUUGUUUAAAUAUAAAACCAUUCACCUAUA